AUGUCCCUCUCCACCGUCUUCUCCACCGAUUUCCUGGGCUUCCCCCAUGCGGUGUCCACCGUGACCGUGGCCGCUGCCGAUCCCACUAGCUCCUCUACUGGAGCCGACGCCACGACUACGAACACAACCCCUACCGAUACGGCAUCCGCCACGGUCACCACCCCGUCCGCUACCGCCACUGACACCUCCACCGAUACCACCACUAAUACCGACACAAACACCAAUACCGCCACAAACACCGACACGAACACAAACACCGCGACCAACACCGCGACCGACACUAAUACCGCGACCAACACCGACACUGUGACGAACACGAACACCGCGACUGACACUAACACUGCGAGCGUCUCCAACACCGCGACCUCAUCCACCGCUACCUCGACCAGCACGUCCGCGACUGGUACCUCCACCUCCGCCACUGCCUCAGCUGCUGGCUCUACCGUCUUUGCCACCAGCACCGAUGCCGGAGGACAGGUCGUCACUCAUACCUCGGUCGUCUUCGCGACACCCACCGUGAGCUCCUCCGCCGCGGCGUCCGGUUCACACACAUCGAAAUCCUUCUUCCAAAACACUGGCGCCGUCGCCGGCGUGUUCACCGUCGUCGGCCUCGCGGUCGUUGUUAUUAUUGUCGCCGUCGUCACCAAUGCCCUCCGCCGCCGUCGCGCCAAGCGCCUCGACCGCGAGAUCGCAGAGGCUGCGGCUGAGGCUGCCCACGCUCCCGCCUUCACUGACGACGACUACUACCCCGAUGACCGCCUUGGCGGCGGUAAGGGCGGUAGCCCUGGUACAGGUGGAGGCGACCUCCGCUCUCUCACCACCGGCUACUCGGACACCACGCACGGCACGUACGCUCAACCUCCGCUAUCGAACGCGGAGAGCUACAACAUGGCAGAGCUCCAGCCUUACGACUACGCCGCGGGCGCAGUGGCAACGGGUGGAGCGGCGGGCAUCGGUGCGGCGGGCGUGAACCGCGCGCGUAGCCUGGGCCCGAACGCGUCCACGCCCUACAACGCUUUCGCAGGACCCCCGCCCGGCUCGAACCCGUACGAACACCCGACAUACGGCCAGCAGAACAUGUACGGCGCCCAGCGCGGUGGGACCGAGAUGGACCUCCUCGACGCAGCGGGCCUCGCUGCUGGCGCCUCAGCCGGCUACGCCGCCUCCCAGCAACCGUACGGCGGACAACAGCAGCAGCAGAACCUGGCGCGCAACCCGAGCCUCGGGCCGUCCGCAGCCACGUCGCCCUCGGAGCACAGCGCGUACAGCUCGCCGUACUCGGGCCAGGGCGGGUACGGGCAGCCGGAGUACAACCCGUAUGCGCAACCUCAGAACACGCAGGGCUACAACCCGUACGCGCAGCAGCAACCGGGAGCGUAUGCCCCGCCACAGGCAUACCCCGCGCCCGCCCCCAGCCCGCCACGCCCGACGUCCGUCGUGGACCCGUAUGGCGGGUAUGUGGACGAGCCGGCGCACCAGCCGAGCCCGUCCCCUCCCGCGGGUGGCCAGCAGAUCGAGCCGCGCGUGCCGUCGCCGGGUCCCGGGAGGUUGCUGAGCGGAAACUUCGCGUCGCCGCCGGCGAGCUCGGAGGGCCACGACCACGAUGACACCGGGCGGAUGAGUAUCCAGGACGAUGAUGACUAUGGGUACGAGCCGCGGCGUGUGCUCAAGGUCGCCAACGAGUGAUGAACUCGUCCCGCUUGCUGCUGUUGUUGCUGUCGCUGUGGGCGGCGUGUAGUGCGACGUAACGACUCUUGCGGAGGCCGGCUCGCCGACAAGAGAGACUCUGUGCCGCUGUGCUGUGUUACGUGUAGCUGUACGCCGCCCGCGUCCUGUCGUUGACUCGAUCGCGCUUCCCCCUUCUGUGUUUAUGUCUUUACUGCUAUUUAUGCGCCUCUUCGCGAACACUUCGCCGCCGAUAGUUUACCCCUUUUCGUUAGUUAGUUGUCCGGGGGCGCCGCUGGUGUGUGCGAGCAGCUGCGCGGGCUGGCGUCCGCGGGCGGGACUUUGAUGCAAUUUUGUUUCCGCCGUGCGGUGUGCGAGUCUGGGCGUGUUGUGUCUAUGCUGUAUGUUUACUUCCUUGCUGUAUCAUGAAUUU